CGGGUCAAACACAUUCCCGCACCCGGUCGCAGCUGCCACCCCGGGUGUUCCAAAGGCUCCGGCAAAGAUCUGCGCCUCCCGGGUCUCCCCACCCGCCAACCUGAUUGCACCGAAUCGCUACCGCUGGCCCCCGUCAGACUUCGCCUGGCAGUCGGCUUCAUCGAACUUGAUUUCUCACCUCCAGAGCCCCAUCACCUCCAUCCUCAUUCCCCCGUCUCGCCUCCACCCCCCCCAAUUUCCUCCUCCUCGCCCCUCAUUUCCACCCUCCUCCCCCUCCCCCGGCCACUUUGCUAACUUGUGGCUGUUGUGAUGCGUAUUCCCGUAGAUCCGAGCACCAGCCGGCGCUUCAGCCCCCCCUCCAGCAGCCUGCAGCCCGGCAAGAUGAGCGACGUGAGCCCGGUGGUGGCUGCGGACAACCGCACCAUGGUGGAGAUCAUAGCUGACCUCCCGGCCGAGCUCGUCCGCACCGACAGCCCCAACUUCCUGUGCUCCGUGCUGCCCUCGCACUGGCGCUGCAACAAGACCCUGCCCGUGGCCUUCAAGGUGGUAGCCCUUGGAGAGGUACCAGAUGGGACUGUGGUUACUGUCAUGGCGGGUAACGAUGAAAAUUAUUCUGCUGAGCUCCGAAAUGCCUCUGCUGUUAUGAAAAACCAAGUAGCAAGGUUCAACGAUCUGAGAUUUGUGGGCCGGAGUGGACGAGGCAAGAGUUUCACCUUGACCAUAACUGUCUUCACCAAUCCUCCCCAAGUAGCCACCUAUCACAGAGCUAUUAAAGUUACAGUGGAUGGACCCCGGGAACCCAGAAGGCACAGACAGAAGCUUGAUGACUCUAAACCUAGUUUGUUCUCUGACCGCCUCAGUGAUUUAGGGCGCAUUCCUCAUCCCAGUAUGAGAGUAGGUGUCCCGCCUCAGAACCCACGGCCCUCCCUGAACUCUGCACCAAGUCCUUUUAAUCCACAAGGACAGAGUCAGAUUACAGACCCCAGGCAGGCACAGUCUUCCCCACCGUGGUCCUAUGACCAGUCUUACCCCUCCUACCUGAGCCAGAUGACUUCCCCGUCCAUUCACUCCACCACCCCGCUGUCUUCCACACGGGGCACCGGGCUCCCUGCCAUCACCGACGUGCCCAGGCGUAUUUCAGAUGAUGACACUGCCACCUCUGACUUCUGCCUCUGGCCUUCCCCUCUCAGUAAGAAGAGCCAGGCAGGUGCUUCAGAACUGGGCCCUUUUUCAGACCCCAGGCAGUUCCCAAGCAUUUCAUCCCUCACUGAGAGCCGCUUCUCCAACCCACGAAUGCACUAUCCAGCCACCUUUACUUACACCCCGCCAGUCACCUCAGGCAUGUCCCUCGGUAUGUCCGCCACCACCCACUACCACACCUACCUGCCACCACCCUACCCCGGCUCUUCCCAAAGCCAGAGCGGACCCUUCCAGGCCAGCAGCACUCCAUAUCUCUACUAUGGCACUUCGUCAGGAUCCUAUCAGUUCCCCAUGGUGCCGGGGGGAGACCGCUCUCCCUCCAGAAUGCUCCCGCCAUGCACCACCACCUCGAAUGGCAGCACGCUAUUAAACCCCAAUUUGCCUAACCAGAAUGAUGGUGUUGACGCUGAUGGAAGCCACAGCAGUUCCCCAACUGUCUUGAAUUCUAGUGGCAGAAUGGAUGAAUCCGUUUGGCGACCAUAUUGAAAUUCCUCAGCCGUGGCCCAGCGGUAUCUGGGAGCCACAUCCCAAAUGUCUCAAUAUAUACAUAUAUAUAGAGAGAGUGCGUAUAUAUGUAUAUCGAUCAGCUAUCUACAAAGUGCCUAUUUCUUAGAAGAUUUUUCACUCACUCGGUCAUGCUCUUGCAACCGUAAGAGGGUAGCUGUUGAGAAGCAAAAGGCCCGAGAGAGACAAUCAUAAUCAGGUUUCAGGUUGUUUUUGAUCUAUUUUUCUUUAACUAGAAACACACCACACACACACACACACACACACACACACUUUUACAAACAAAAGAAAAAAGGUAUUUUUGUCGCUGUUGUUUGGUCUGUUAUUAAUAAACUGUUCAUAUGCCGAUUCAGAGAGGUGGACUCCAGGUUCAGGAGGAAGAAGAGCAAAGCACUUCCUCUCUGCUCAAACCACACGUCCUCACGGGUGCAGCCGCGUGGGGCCCGUGCACCUGCAGACCCGCUGGCAGAGCCAGUCGCGGUGCACGCAAAGGGAAGGAGGCAGCAUGGAUGCUUCCAUGGCAGUGUAACUGUUCCCACCCUGGCCUUCAGACUUGCUGCAAGUACCCCUUUGAACUGGUCAGUUCAGUUUUUUUUCUUUUCUUUUUUUCCUACUUUAAGAAAGUGACUUCAAAAAUACUGAUCAGGAAAGGUUAUUUUAUUUUACUUUUUUGUACUUUUUCCUCCCCUUUUCCCAUUUAACCAAAAAGAAAUACCAUCCUGAAACCCCUCUCCUCCUUUUAUGCAAAACUGAAAAUGGCAAUACCUUAUUAUAGCCAUAAUGAUAUAGAUAGUGUUUGUGUUGGCUGUGUGUUAUUGUUUUUUUUAAAUUAUGAAUAUGUGUAAAAUCUGAGGUAACUUGCUAAGUGAAUGGUCAUAUAACUUUAAAGAUAUAUUUAUAAUUAUUUAAUGUCAUUUGGACCCUUGAAACAUUUCUUAGUGUAUUGAUGUGUUGACUUCGGUCUCUAAAAGUGCUCUUUAUUAAAUAACAAAUUUCUUCGGGGCUAGAGCCAUACCUGAAAUAUUGCUAAGCAAUUUCAGUUCAUCCGGGCACAAUGUGAUUUUUAAAAAUACUUCCAUCUCCAAAUAUUUUAGAUGUAGCUUGUUUUUGUGAUGUAUGAAGGAAAUGUUCUGUUUAGUUCUUUCAGAUCUUUGAUUGCCUCUAACACAGCUUUGCCUUUUAAAGCAAUAAUUAGGGAUUUUAAAAGACAACUCUCAGCCCUUUAUCACUUAGGUUGCCCUUUAUCAGCAUGAAAUGCUGGAGUGAUGUGGUUUUCUCAUUUAUUUCAAAUAGCGAUGACUCUUGUCAUAUUAAAAAAAAAAAGACAAGCACAAAGAGUCCUUGAACUGCAGAAAACGUUCUGUGGUUUCCUAGCAGAACUCUAAAUCGCCAGGCUGCAUAGUGAAGACACAGUGAGCCUACAGCCACACCUGUGGCUAAGGGAGCAGUAAUGAUACACACAGCACAGGAACGCAGAACUGCACCAGCGCUUCCCAGCGCACCCGCCUUACCAAGCAGUAGGUCAGGGGAGCCCCUGGCACCUCUCCACAGAAUUUGCAUUUAAAGGAGCAGAAUUAAGCCAUUGCCUUAUGGGAGCAGGGUCCUCUGAAGCAGCAGGCCAGUCCCAGCACAGGGCCGAUCUGAGAGAACAUACCAGCCUUCAGGGCCCUACAUACAAUCUCAGACAUUCGGAUUUCUCACAGUGGAGGGUAAAGGGAAGGCAAAACUAUGUGGAGUCUGGUGUCUACUACUGUCUAUGAACUUGAGCAAAAGCCCUCCGGUAGGAUGGAUGCACUUUGACCUCUCCUGGCAGCCACAUGGCGAAUUCUCAAGUGUGAAUCCUUAAUAAUCCAAGCCAGGACCAUGUCAUGACACCACCAGGCCAAUCCCCGCCCACCUCCCCCACAGGGCAGGGCCCCUUCGUUUGAAUUCUGUGCCCCUAUUGGCAGAACUGGGUAGAGAUUUGCCUCCAGCCCCCAAGGGCCCCUUGCUCUCUCUAGUGACUCUCAAGCCCACUUUUCUAAGCUGCCAAGUGUUGUAGGACAGCUUGCCGGGCUGUGGGACCUGUGCCUCGCGCCUGGGAGUCCCCCCUUGGAGUUCAUCCCGAUUCCUCCUAAUAAAAAUUGAGGGGAAACCAAACCAAAACAAAACACGUUGCCUUCUAAAGGUUGUAUACCAAGUAUGCUUAGAUCAAGAAGCCACUUUUCUAUUACUUAAGGAAGAUGGAAGUAGUAACUGAUACUAUUUAUUGUUUGUGUGUGGUAGCUUGAAGCAUGCCACUGUCCAUUUAUUUGUAAGUGUAAAAUGUGUAUGUUUGUUUCAGCAGCACUUAAAGAAGCCAGUGUCUGGUUACACAUUUCAACUUUAAUUAAUUGACAUAAAAAUGUUACCGCCAGUGCCAGCUGUACCCUAUUUAAUAAAAAAAAGGUACUAUAUUUGUACGUUAGUUUCUAAUGUAAAAAGGGCUUUUUUAAGUUUACAGUACACAUACCAAGUGACCUUAGGGAUGCUUUUGUGUUGAAAUGCUAUUAUAGUGGCUGCAGGCAGCAACCCAGGAACACUUAAACUUUUUUUUUUUCUUCCAUGGGAAACAUUCAAGCACGUCAUCCUUCCACCCUCACUCCAACCACUCCAAUGGGGUAAUUUACAUUUUUAGAUCAAAUUCUGCCCUUUUUUUUUGGCCUGGGGGUUAAAUUUUUUUUUUUCCUUUUUUUUUUUUUUUAAUGAACCCUUCAUUUGCACUGGGUCACGAGUAUGAUUGGUGAUUUCAAGACCAAAGCACAGCCUUACUGCUGCUCUGGCACCACGCACGAGCCAACACUCGCUGUUUCCUUCAGGUUGAAAGAGCACACAGGUUGCUGGCGUUCCCAGCGUGGCCCACAGCCGCUCCUCUGUCCCCAGUGUAACCUGUCAGAGCUCCAGAGCAGGCACCACAGCUUUGGCUUUAGAUUGUGAAAUCACAUCCAGCCUGGAACUGGGAGACGCGACAGAUUAGCUAUUGUUUGCUCUUCAGACUGUCUUACCCCCGCCAGAGCCUUUCAAAAAUGAGCAGAGAAAUCCCACGAUCAGGGACCAUCCAUUGCAAAUUCAGAGGGGAGAAGGGUUUUGCUUGCUGGCUUAGAGAGCUCCCUCCAUUCCCAGGAAAGGGACUGACUCAGAGUCCAGGGUAAUACAUGGAAACACAAAGCUUUAGCAAAAAUAUCGAUGAUAUCCGAAAGAACGAGAACAAAUAAAAUAAAGGACAGCUCUUCCAUUCCUUGAUUUGUUAUUCUUAAAAAAAAAAGAUAAUGCCUUUAAAAAAUAUUUUCUAUGUGAGGAUUUUUUAGAUGUUUGUUUACUUCAUGUUUACAAAUAACUGUUCGCUUUUUACUGCAGUACUUUGAACUAUAUCAGCCAAAACCAUAACUUACAGUAAUUUCUUAGGUAUUCUGAAUAAAAUUCCAUUUUUUUGGAUAUGCUUUACCAUUCUUAGAUUUCUGUGGAACAAAAAUAUGUGUAGCAUUUUGUGUAAAUACAAGCUUUUCAUUUUUAUUUUUUUUCCAAUCGCUAUUGCCCAAGAUUUGCUUCCCAUGCACAUAUUGUACAAAUUCUGCUUUGUGCCACAGGUCACGAUUGUGGACGAGUUUACUCUGAACUUCAAAGGGACUAUUUGUAUUGUAUGUUGCAACUGUAAAUUGAAUUAUUUGGCAUUUUUCUCAUGAUUGUAAUAUUAAUUUGAAGUUUGAAUUUAAUUUUCAAUAAAAUGGCUUUUUUUGGUUUUGU